CCCGCUCCCGCAGCCCCGCCCCUCGCGGCUCCGGCCCCGCCCCGCCCCGCCCCGCGCAGGCGCGGUGGGGCCGCGGCCAUGGCGGAGAAGGCGCAGAAGAGCGUGAAGAUCGCGCCGGGCGCCGUGGUGUGCGUGGAGAGCGAGAUCCGCGGGGACGUGACCAUCGGGCCCAGGACCGUGAUCCAUCCCAAGGCCCGCAUCAUCGCCGAGGCGGGGCCCAUCGUCAUCGGAGAGGGGAACCUGAUCGAGGAGCAGGCGCUCAUCAUCAACGGGUACCCGGAAAACAUCACCCCGGAGAGCGAAGAUGUGGAGCCCAAGCCCAUGGUCAUCGGCACCAACAAUGUUUUUGAGGUUGGGUGCUAUUCCCAAGCGAUGAAGGUGGGAGACAACAACGUCAUCGAAUCCAAAGCGUUUGUGGGCAGGAACGUGAUCCUGACGAGCGGCUGCAUCAUCGGGGCCUGCUGCAGCGUGAGCACGUGCGAGGUGCUCCCGGAGAACUCCGUCAUCUACGGCGCCGACUGCCUGCGGCGCGUGCAGACCGAGCGCCCGCAGCCCCAGACGCUGCAGCUGGAUUUCCUGAUGAAGAUCCUGCCCAACUACCACCACCUGAAGAAGACCACGAAGGCCGCGUCCACGCCCGUCAAGAGCUGAGCAGCCGCCUCACGCUUCCAGGGCUUGGGCCUGGGAAGCACUGCACGCUCCGGUCUCCACGUCCCUCAGUCCAGCAAACCAUUCCUUCCUCGUUCGUAUCAUUUAUUUAUCAUCCGCUGGGAACCUCAGACCUGCUUCGAGUCUGUUGUCUCUCACUCGUUACCUCUGUUUGUUCGUGCUCUGUUUCGGGAAUAAAUUGUCUCCUGCUCCGCUGUCUGAGGGA